UUUUAUCGACGUCGCACUUUUGGUGUCGAGACAUUCAAAGAAUAAGGUUAAGAAUGUCUUUCAAAUAAAAUUUAAUUGUUUUUAACUGAUUAUUAGAGAGAAACUGUGAUAAUUAUUUACAAAAUUUAUUUAAUGUACUGUGUUUUUAAUUCAGUGUUUAAAAGAAAUUUUUUUUCUCUCUUAAAAAUAACAACAAGUCAGUGUAUUCAUUUCGUGCCGCACAGUGAAAGGAAUUAUUAACUUCAAGCUGUACUUGAUCCUAAAGCAAUCAUUUAAUCUGAUGAAAUUGUUGCUCAGAAUAAUAAUUCCUUGAUGUCAUUUAGUAAUAAAAAGAGGAAGUUAAUUGUAUCAUUGGGGAAAUCUUUUGAUUGUGCAAAUUGGAUAAAUUGACAAAACUUGUUGGAGAAAUUGACGAAACUUUGAGGAGAGCUAGAGAAAAAUGUCUCGCAAAUUUAAGAAAACUCCAAUUUACGUCGUUGAAGAUCAUCACGAUGCAUUGCCGUGUAUUUAUCGUUGCUUGGGAUCGAAGCAUCUGCCAUUUGAGGGCAACACAAUAAUACAUUUGGAUUCCCAUCCUGAUAUGCUUAUUCCAAAGGAUAUGAAUGCUGACACCGUGUGGGAUAAGCAACAGCUAUUUAGUGAAAUUAGCAUCGAAAACUGGAUACUUCCUGCAGCUUAUGCUGGACAUUUGAAGAACUUGGUGUGGAUUAAGCCGCCCUGGGCAAAACAGAUGACAGACGGUAUGCUCACGUUUCUCAUCGGCAAGCAUAGAGAGUCAGGUACAAUAAGAUUAACAUGCUCCGAGCCGUAUUUUGUCAGCGAGGCACUCUACUGCCAUCCGGAUGAACUCGAAAACACCCGAGAAGUGACACUACACGUGAUAACAAUCGGCUCACUCAUUGACCCAUCAAUGAGACGUGACGAUUUCCCAUCAAUUGCAUCGGCAAUCAGGCAAUAUUUACCCGAAAGUGAUACACCCUAUAUUCUCGAUGUUGAUCUCGAUUUUUUCAGUACAAAAAAUCCGUUCAAAACACUUUACGAAAAUGCAAAUAUCUACGAGAAACUAGCGCCAAUCUACGAAUUUAAACGACCACAUUCGACAGAUCCGGAUUUAUUGCGAGAGGCGACAAUUGCGAGAGACGAGCAAUUAACCGAAUUGAAGAAUUUAUUUUCCCAUUUGGAGGAGAAUAGAAAUUUAAUGGGUUAUGAGGGUGAGAGGAGUUUGAGAUAUGAGAAUGUGGAAUCGAUUUAUCGUGAGAUGAUGAGAUUUUAUAGAGAUUCAGAAAUCGAAUGGUUGUCGAUUCAUGAUGCUGGAUGCACUAUUGAUGACGGUGAACUUCCACAUCAUGUGACAAGUCAGCAGGAUCUUGAUAGACUCAUCAGUGGGACUUUUAAAUCUUUCUUGUCGGUUUUGCCUGCACCACCUACGAUUGUCACUAUUGCCAGGUCCAGCUAUGAUGAAUACUGCCCUCCGGAGGAUGUGGAUCAAAUUCAAGUGGGCGUGAUUGAUGAACUGAAAGAUAGACUUGGCGUUGAUGUGGAAACGAAAUUACUUUACUUGGAGGAGGAAGUUAAUUAAUAUUUACGCUCAGGGCAUUAAGGAAUAAUAAUUUUUAAUAGCCCCCCCCCCUCCUCCCUUACUCUGUGGAAUUGAAACUAAUACUGAAAUUAUUAAAAUACUAACUGUAUUUUGUUAAUAUGUUGAUGAGGAAAAUUAUAUCAAUGUGUUUAUUGAUAUAAAUUUUAAAUUACAAUUUUUAUACAAUUUAUACAAUUUUAAUAACAAUUUUGUAAUAA